AAACACCAGAGCCCGCUGUCAGAGGCAGCGAGCAAGUGGUCCAGGAGGAAGUGGGCUGGGCCCGGCCUCCAGGGGGAGGAUGCUGCAGCGUUGCAGCCCGCCGCCGCCCGCGGAGCGCCCCGGGGGCAGGCUGUCGCCGCGCUGUCGCCGCCGAGCCCAGCGGCCGGAAAGUUUGUAGCCGGGCGCGAGAGGAGGAGGAGGCGGAGGCGGAGGGUGCUCCCGCUGCCCGCACAACCUGCCCCGUCCCGCCGGCCGAGCCCGGGGCAGCGCCAUGAGUCAGAGCCAGCUCCACGCGCCGCGCAAGGGCAGCUCCCCGGGCGGCGCAGCCAGGAGGGACGGCAGCCGCGACUACCUGCUCCUCGACUCGGAGGCGGCUGAAGACAGCGCGCUGCCGCCCUACGGCUACUACCCCGGUCGGGGUACUGAGAAUACGCUAGUGCUUCGACGGCAGACCAUCCUCCGGGAGAAGGGCAGAAGGCUGGCCAAUCGAGGGCCAGCAUACAUGUUUAAUGACCGGUCAACAAGUCUGUCACUUGAGGAGGAGCGCUUUCUGGAUGCGGCAGAAUACGGUAAUAUUCCUGUGAUUCGUAGAAUGCUGGAAGAGUGCACUUCACUCAAUGUGAACUGUGUGGACUUCAUGGGGCAGAAUGCUUUGCAGCUAGCAGUUGCCAGUGAGCACCUGGAGAUCACAGAACUUCUGCUGAAGAAGGAGAACCUGUCACGGGUUGGGGAUGCCUUACUCUUGGCUAUUAGUAAGGGGUAUGUUCGGAUAGUUGAAGCCAUCUUAAACCACCCUGCAUUCGCUGAAGGCAAGAGGUUGGCACUAAGUCCCAGCCAGUCAGAGCUCCAGCAUGAUGAUUUCUAUGCAUAUGAUGAAGAUGGAACUCGGUUCUCCCAUGAUGUUACUCCAAUCAUUCUAGCUGCCCAUUGCCAGGAAUAUGAAAUUGUCCACACCCUCUUGAGGAAAGGGGCUCGCAUUGAAAGGCCACAUGACUAUUUCUGCAAAUGCAGUGAGUGCAAUGAGAAGCAAAAACAUGACUCCUUCAGCCAUUCUAGGUCCAGAAUCAAUGCUUACAAAGGUCUGGCAAGCCCUGCUUACCUGUCGUUGUCCAGUGAAGACCCAGUAAUGACUGCCUUAGAACUCAGCAAUGAGCUUGCUGUGCUUGCAAACAUUGAAAAAGAGUUCAAGAAUGACUACAAGAAAUUGUCUGUGCAGUGCAAGGAUUUUGUAGUUGGACUUCUUGAUUUAUGCAGAAAUACUGAAGAAGUGGAAGCUAUUUUGAAUGGAGAUGAGAUGAACCAUAAUAAUGGUGAACAUGGUCGCCCCAGUCUCAGCCGUUUAAAACUUGCCAUUAAAUAUGAAGUCAAGAAAUUUGUAGCACAUCCAAACUGCCAGCAACAACUUCUCUCAAUCUGGUAUGAAAAUCUAUCAGGUUUACGGCAGCAGACCAUGGCAGUGAAGUUUCUAGUUGUCCUUGCUGUUGCAGUGGGGCUGCCAUUCCUGUCAGUGGCUUACUGGAUUGCUCCAUGCAGCAAGCUGGGAAGGAUAAUGCGUGGACCAUUUAUGAAGUUUGUAGCACAUGCAGCCUCUUUCACCAUUUUUCUUGGUCUACUAGUCAUGAAUGCAGCUGACAGAUUUAAUGGCACUAAACUCGGACCUAAUGAAACUAUAGAUAAUGUAAAACAGCUUUUCAGAAUGAAAACUUCCUGUUUCUCAUGGAUGGAAAUGCUCAUUAUCUCUUGGGUAAUAGGCAUGAUAUGGUCUGAAUGUAAAGAAAUCUGGUCUCAAGGACCCAAGGAAUACCUGUUUGAGUUAUGGAAUAUGCUUGACUUUGGUAUGUUAGCCAUUUUUACAGCUUCAUUCAUUGCAAGGUUUAUGGCAUUUUGGCAUGCUUCCAGAGCCCAGAGCCGUUUUGAUACAAAUGUGAAAGUGAAGGAUUUGGCAACUGCAACAUUGGAUCCCAGCAUAAAAUACUACACUCUGGCCAGAAUAAAUUGGGAUCCAUCUGAUCCUCAAAUCAUAUCUGAAGGCCUGUACGCAAUUGCUGUAGUUUUAAGUUUCUCCAGAAUAGCCUACAUUCUACCAGCCAAUGAAAGCUUUGGACCACUGCAGAUAUCACUUGGCAGAACCGUGAAAGACAUCUUCAAGUUCAUGGUGAUAUUUAUCAUGGUGUUUGUGGCCUUCAUGAUAGGAAUGUUUAAUCUCUAUUCCUACUAUCGGGGGGCAAAACAAAAUGAAGCAUUCACAACAGUUGAAGAAAGUUUUAAGACAUUGUUCUGGGCUAUAUUUGGACUUUCAGAAGUGAAAUCAGUUAUCAUCAAUUCUAACCACAAAUUUAUAGAGAAUAUUGGUUAUGUCCUUUAUGGAGUCUAUAAUGUUACCAUGGUCAUUGUUCUGUUGAACAUGCUCAUUGCUAUGAUCAACAGCUCUUUUCAGGAAAUCGAGGAUGAUGCUGAUGUGGAAUGGAAGUUUGCUAGGGCUAAACUUUGGUUUUCUUACUUUGAAGAGGGGAGAACUCUUCCAGUACCCUUCAACCUUGUGCCAAGUCCAAAAUCUUUGCUUUAUCUCUUACUCAAAAUUAAAAAAUGGAUCUCAAAACUGUUCCUGUGCCAUCAGAAAGGUUUUCAGGAAGAUGCAGAAAUGAAUACGCUUGGCCAGAGUAAGCAAUCUAGUUUAAAAAGCUCAGAUGAUCUCCAUUUAAAUAGCUUGAACAAUCCUCCAAGACAAUACCAGAAAAUAAUGAAGCGGCUCAUUAAAAGAUACGUCCUUAAAGCUCAGAUAGAUAAGGAGAGCGACGAAGUCAAUGAAGGUGAGCUAAAAGAAAUCAAACAGGAUAUCUCAAGUCUUCGUUAUGAACUCCUGGAAGAAAAAUCUCAAAACACAGAAGACCUGGCAGAGCUUAUUAGAAAACUUGGGGAGAAACUGUCUAUUGAGUCCAAAGAGGAAGAAAGCAGAAGAUAACCUAAACAUAUUAAAUGAAAAAGCAUCAACAAUCCACUUAAAGCCAUAUUUAUUCUCUCUCAGUUUUUUUUUCAAAUUUAACUCCCACUUUUAUACGAAACCAAGAAAUGAAAUCAUUUCAAUUCAGUAAUCCAUUACAUGUACAAGAGAGAGAGUGGGUCACUUGAUCAAAAGCAUUUAUUUAUUCUUCACUCUGUGGAGAAAACAAAAGUUAAUUUUAUAUUGAUUUUAAUGUGCAAUUUACCUCUCUUUAAAAAUAUCAAUUAAGUAUUGAGAAGCUCAUCCACUAAAGAUUAAAGCUAUUUUUUCUGGAAAUGUAAACUUCUCAUAUCUUAACCACUUAUUUGUAUAGAUUUCCUUUCAUAAACAUGUAUACAUAUAAUUUAUUGAAUAGGAAAUGCACAAAACCAGACUUUAAGAAAUAAGUAUCAAGAUCCAUUUAUUUUUCAAAAAAGAAAGGUGUUUCCAAGCCGGAAAAAAUAUCUUUCUGCACAAUUUACAGCUCAAAUUGAAAGUCCAGAAGUUAUUUAUUUGAAUGUGUUUCUUUGGAGAGGUUUCUGUGAAGCUACAUAAGCCUCCCUCUUAUCACUCAUCCUAUUAUCUUUUCAACAAACCAGAAGUGAGCACUGACAUUUGAAGACCUCCAAUCUAGAUGUUUGAAUCUGAAUCCUAAGCCAGCUCUUUCAUUUAACAUGACCCAAAUCAAAACUCCAGAUACAAACCCUUCGGAGGUCUAGAAACAUCUGAAAAUGAAUUUCUUCCAAGUUUAAAUUUGUUUAAAUAAUGGAAUUUGGGGGCAGGGUACCUGUAACAAAAAUGUAAAAUAAUUUGGCAGUAAUUGCUUUCACAUUAAGCUUUGCAGAGAAUAUUCAUUGUGGAAUAUAUCAGAAUCUAAAUGUUUCUAUUUCUUCCCUUGUGGCUGGAGGUUUCAGUGAGUUCUUGCCUAAGCAGUUAGCUAGAGUUUAAUUUUCAGUUUUUAUCUGAAUGGACUGAAAGAUCAUUUUGUAAGUUUUUUAGUCAAGUCAUGAAAUAUGUUUGAAAGCAAAAGUGCUUUUGAAUUAUUCCAAUAAUGGGACAAAUUCAUGGGGAUAAACCCUCUUGCCCUUUUUGAGUUAUUAUUAAGGUCAGCAUUCCUAGAUGAUGUCCAUCUUGAUCCAUAAAAGUUCUGGUAUUCUGGGGAACUUCUUAGUUGUAUCAACUCAGCUAGUAAUGGCGCGGGUGGGACAAUCCAUAUACUAUGGGCCUCAGGCUUAAUGAACUCAGGGUUUAGAAGCUUUAAGGGCCUCUCUCAGGGAGGAAAAGGAAAACAAGGUUUUUCCCAAGAGGUUCAGAACAGCAUCUAUUAGAGUGGUUUUCAAACUUCCUAAAGACAUGGAAUCCUUUCAUAUCACUUCUGCUGCUGGUCCUGUGGUGCAUAGGAGCUGACACAGAGCCAGGUGACCUGGCCCAGCAUAGGUGAUGCACCACCUCCUGACCCACAUUGCCAGCACUCCUAAUCUCAUUGCAGAAUCCCAAUGACCUAUCGCAGAAGUCCAGGGUUUCAUGAAACACAAUGUAAAGACCACUGUAUUAAAAUAAUGUAUGAAACUAGAGUUACUAAGGCUGAAAAGGCUAUAGGAUACACAGCGAGCAUAUUUAAUAUCUUGCCUUUGAUAAAUGAAAAGCAUUACCUCAGAACUUACAGUAUUUCCUAUCGUAAGGAUGGGGGAAUAUUGUACAUAUUAAGAUAUUUUGUUUGGUCACCAACAAAAAUAAUUUUUGUGUCAGCCACUCUGAAGGAACCUAAAAUAGUCAAUAGGUGACUUACAUUAGAUGCUGAUGGGAGUUGGGCACUUACCUCUCUUAUACCCAAUUUAUAAAAGUCCAUGUCUAUCUAAAUUAGACUUCUUUUGGGUCACCAUCCUUCCAGUAGGAGCACAGAGUGUUCAACUCCUUUUAAAUUGAGGUCUAAAUUGUCCCCAGUUUUAACCUUUUGAAAAACUUUUUCAAAAUGUAGCUGUCAGAACCAUAAGAUGAUAAUCACUACACAAUAUUAGAAAGUACUUGAAUUUGUUAUUCUAAUUUAAAAUAUAUAACCCAUUGCUGGGUCCUUAUAAAAUCUUGAAUCUUAAUAAAUUGAAUGUGAAGAAAAAGGUUUAGUAAAAUAAAAACAUGCAUUUUUAGGUGAAUAUUUUUACUGCAGAGGUUAAAUGGACACUGUGAAUCUAAUAAGCCCAAAAUUGACUUACCUUAAAACUGUAGGGCCAUAAUGUAUAUAUUUUAUUUUUUGAAGAUAUGCACCACGGAUUUUUUUAUUCAAUGAAGUAUUUUAUAUGUGGCUAUUACUUAUGGAAGAAUUUGUUAAAUGCCAAAUGUAGUGGGACAGACCAUGUAGCAAUUAAAUGAGUACCACAGAAAAUAUAGUAUGAGAGAAAUUGAAAUGUACUAGACUUGUGUGACAUGUGUGAAUACAGUGAUUUUCAAUCCUCAUAUCCUUUGGCUGCUACUCCUUUAAAGAGAAUGAUUAUACAAAUAUGGUUGGAGCUUUAACUGACAAGCCAACAAUUAAAAAUUAUUCCAGUUAGGAACAUAGGAAUUGCCAAACCAGGUCAGACUCAAGGCCCAUAUAAGUUCAGUAUCCUCUCUCUGAUUAUGACUCACAGGGUGCAGACAGAAAUUACAUGUGUCAUAAGAUCAGUCUCCUAAAAGCGCUCUACAGUCAUGCCAUGGCACAUGCACAGCUGCAGAGCACUUUUGAAGUGCCCUCAAUUCCAUAACAAAUUAAUCUUCAUCAAAUGAGGGAUGAGAUGAAGGUGCUCCAAAGCACUUUCGUUCCCUAGGCUCAAUCUGUCAUGCGAUCAGGCCUGGGCUCAGUGGCUACGCGUAAGGGAUGAGAGUGCCGGUGCACCCCUUGACCAGCCGCAUUUGCUGCUUAGGUGAUAGGCAGGAGUGCCAGUUCCCCCCCACUGCAAGCACCAGCCGAUCGCUGCAGCCACUUCCAGAAGUGGCUGCAGCAAUCGGCCACAGCAAUCAGCCGUCACAAGAUCAGCCACCCCUCCCCGGCAGUGAGAUCAGCUGUGGCAGGACCCCCCCACCCAGUUGGUGGGGCUGGUCGGAAGGGGGGCACAUGCCCCCUGGCUAAGGUGGCACCAGUUGCCCAUGGCUUGGCUGAUACACUCUAGCCCCACUCCCAGGGCUGUCUGCAGGGAGAUAGAGGGGAUAGAGGAACUGCAGCUGCGGUUUGCCCAGCCUGAGCUGGAGGUGUGGUUGAACAAUCCCAAGAUGGCAUCUUGAUACCCCUCCCCCAUCCACCCACCUUCCUGCAAACAGCCAUGGAGCUGAGAGGGGCAGGGAUAGGGUAAAAGGACUCAGGCAGGCUCUUCGGGCUCAAUUAGCUCCAACCCCCACCUCCACAACAGGAGAACAUCUGUUGGAUCUGGGGGAGGGGGCUCACUCUAACUCAUGGCUCUUUCUAUGAAGUUAGUAGGGUCCUGCAUAUCUGUCAGCACCCAUAGUGGAUACUUCAGAAGAAGCUGUACAAAUCUUCAGUAGACAGGUAUAGGAUAAGUUCUUCCCCACAUAGCUUUCAUCAUAGUUUUUAAUAGAGAUUGGUUUAAGCCCUAAAUGCAAGAUAUAAGAACUCUCCCUAAAAUUUGUUCCAGUUAAUUAUGAUAAGGAAUGGUCCUAUUAUAAAUUUCCCAUCCUUUUAAAAAAGAUUCUAGGCCUAGUGACUCCAUCUGGUAUCAAGCUCCACAGUUUAGUCACGCCCUGUGCAUAAAAUAUUUCCUCUUGCCAAUUUUAAAUUUCGCACUUUUUACUUUAUUUGAAUUUCCCUUAUUCUUGUUAUAAAACAUGGAAGACAGAUAUUCCUCCUCUGUAUUUUCUAAGCCAUUUAUUUUUACUAUUUUUGACUGAAAAGAUAUAUUAAUUAAAAAAAACACCCUACAGAAAUGUUUAAAAAUUCUAAAUGAAAAGUAAAAGUAACAAACAAAACCCAAAGUUAUGAAAACUAUCCAAGUUCUUAUCACGAUCAUGGAUCAUCUUAGAUUAUGUCUACAUACUGGGAAGAGUCAGCACAGGUAGGAGCUGCAAAAUGCUACACAUUAAUACCGCAGUAGGAGUUUUAGGUACUCAAGCAAUGCAGCAUCAAGUCAAAGGCAAAAUGAUGCAACCUACAGGCUUUAGGGACAGAAUAUGAGUCUUGAAUACAUUGCAGCAAUGUAAACCUUCAAAGACCUCAUUUGCUUGGGAGUCAUAUAGCCACCCAUAGCAGGGCCAUCCCAGAAGGAGAAAGGAAAAUAAUUCAGCUCAUCUCACAAAGAGGCUCGUCAGACAAAUUUACUUUUGAAUCCCAGCCAAUAUUAAGAACUUAUCUGCUUCAUCAGAACCAUUGUGGAGAUGUCAUGAAACCCCCCCGCAGGCACUCCUGCCCCAGGGGUAGGCAAGCAUGAACGUUCUCAGGGCACGUAGCCAAUAGCUCAUGGGUGGUAAAGGUGUCCCAUUUACAGGCUCCUGAGGCUCACUGGGGCAGUGGAUUCAGGGCUCCAUUGUUUCUUUAACCUUGGCAUGAGAAGGAGGCAUUGUGGUCAGCACCAUGCUCCAGGCACCUUUACCACCAGAUAACCCCUGGUACCUAUUGGAUAGGAGUCUGGGUGGGCCUCAGGGCCAUACUGGAAGUGGAAACAAUGAGAGAAAAACCACCAUGUUCGCCUGGGAUUUAACCAGGUCCUUCUAGUCCAUAGCCAGUUGCUUAGAGUAGUAAACCAGGAUUUUUAAUCUAAAAAAGUGUGAACUAGGUUGAAUGUCAUUAACAGCUUUCUUCAGUAAACAUAUCUUUAAUAUGAAGCCCUCUCAGCCAGGGCUUGCAGCAGAAAGAGAUCUUGGCAGGAUUUUAUAGCAGCUGUAUCAUAUAAUUUUACUAAAAGCACAUUCUUGUACAUUUGUGCACUGUCCCAGCUGACAGUUUACUCAAAUGAAAUUCUGCAUUUACCUCUCGCAGAUUUCCCUGAAGCUUGAAAUUUGUAGUCGGAUGUUGUAAUUAAGACACCAUAAACAACAUGAUGUACCAGUGUGGUGAUUCAUAGGGCAAUAGAAAUCUUCUCUGUGUGUAAAAUGGCUCAUUUCCCCAUUUAAAUAUUUAAUGGUUUUUUAAUUCAGUAGAAAAUGCCCAGUGUGAAUAAUAUUUCUUGCUUAUAAGCAGUCCCUUUCCUGUUUAAUAUUUUAUUUGGCCCAUGGAAAACAUAACUGACAAUUAGAAAGAAAUUAGAUUUUUUUUUUCUUUUGGAAAUAUAUUCCCACUGAAAAAGAUCAGGCCAAAAUGGAAGCUAAUGUAAAGCUAAGAAACAAUCUCCAUUCCCAGUCAAAAAAUUAAGGUGUUAGUUUAUUAAGGGGCUAAUUUAGGAAUGCCAUAUGGUACUAUACUCCUUUUUCCUGCUUAGCCAUAAUGAACUGUAUUGUUUUGGGUUUUUUGUUUCCAUUCUUGUGAACCAUGACAUAUUCUUGUUCCUCUUUCUGUUCACGUCAGCUUCCUCUGUGUGUGAGUGAUCACAACUUUUGCAAUACCUUAUACCUCUAGUCAAUUGUAUUUUAGUAACAUCCUGUUUUGCUUUAACCUUUUCAAUAUUCUGUGAUUCAGCUGCCUGACAUUUACUCUUUGCUUCUUUAAUCAAUGGUCAGACAAUCAAAACAAUUGAAAAAGGUCAAAAUGUAUAAUGUACUACUGCAGCUUUUGGGAUAAAUCAUUAUUAUUGUUAAUAUUUAGUGCUUUGAUUUUCCAUAGUCUUUAUAAAUAAGGACAUUUGGUUUUUA